AUGACAGGAAAUUUACCAGGCUCAAGGGGGCUACCACGUGCCUGUUGGCAGCAGAUGCUAUCGGACAAGUUUAGCGACAAUCCAGAUGAGCGUCUCAAGCUGUACAGUUCCCUUGCCAGCCUCGCACGUGGGGAGAAGGAAGCCUACUCGGAUAGUUGGACGGCAGCCAUGUUAAAGGCGUCUCAUGACCCCUGGUCUCGCAUUCGUCUGCUUGGGCGAGAAACACUUCUUCGCGAGGUGAAGAUGGAAGCGGAUGCGCCAAACAACGACUUCUCGCGGAGAGUUUUGAGUCUACUACUCAGUAAAUGGCCUAAGAUGCAGCACUGGUAUGAGAGGGAAGGGUUUCUCUUGCUGCUGCUUGGAUUCUUCUUUUCCAAAGUCGAAGUGACGUCAGACGAACUGGUCUUGGCCCAUGUCUUGCUGCGAGUGGGGUUGCCAUCUCUGUUGGAUCCGCAGCUUCCCGUGCGUGAGGUGGCAGUUAAAGUAAUUGUUCAGAUUGCGGAGUUAAGUGGUGAGCUGGCCGCCUUCACGCGAGAUUACUUGGCUAACCAAGUCAAACUGCGUCUUGAAGAAGCGAAGGAACCGCGUGCGUGUGAGGUUGAAGGCCUUCUUAGUGGCAUUGCAAGCCUCAUGCACGUGUGCCCGAGCACAUUUCAUACCGAAUGGUGGACCAAAAUGCAGCCUCCUCUAGAACAACUUUCUCUUCACGCGGCUGCCAGUGUUCGCCAACGCGUGGCCGCAGUGUGGGCGUCACGGCCUGUGGAUUCUUUUGAAGUGUUGUGUAUUGCGAUGGUUAAAAAAUCAGAAUCACCCUCGGCGAGCGAUGAUUGGUGGAGAAUGGUGGAAGUGCUUCUUAUGGCGCUGCAGGAGCAGUUGACACAUUUAUUGACCCUGACUGACGAGGCGGUAACGGUGGAUCUUGAGGCACAGGGGGGCUCCAUUGCGGAUUCACUCUACGCGGUUUUGUUGUUUGCUGAGAUGCGGCAGUUUGAAGUGGCACGCAUGGGCAAGCAGCUCGUUCCCUUGCUUACACAGUUUUGGGUUCGCUUUGCGCCUUCCCUCGCCUUCGUAGAAGAUUGUUGUGGCCAAGUGGCGAAGCGAUUUCGCGAACGUGUUUAUUUUUCACUUCUUUUUUUGCCAGACCUCAUUUGGUUCCUGGCGCUUCGACGUUACCUUUGCCCUACGGAAGAUGUGGAGACGGUGCGGAAGGCGGCGUCACAGCAUUUGCUGCAACUCCUCGGUGGAAAACGGGAUAUGUCUUUAAAUUCACAUGACACUAGAACAGGCUUGUCGCGGCCUGGCUGCGCAUUAGCGGUUUUACUGUUAUUCACCUAUUUCCCUGAUUGCUUCACAGGGUCUGUGGGCCGAGAUUUGAUGGAAUUCGCCGUGAGUGCGGAGGCGUGGAGGCAAGCACUUUCCGAAGACAUGAACUCCGUAAGUUAUGCAGUGGAUUUUGCUCUUUCCGUGAGACGCGUUGGCGGGACAAUUGUGCACCUUGUUCCUAUUUGGCUUCACUGGCUUCCCAACGCCUACGCCCACCAGCAGUGUUUGAUACUAGAAGCGAUAAAAAUUACCGUUGGUUCACCAAAGCAUUGGGUGUCACGCAAACCGUUUUCUUUUGCGUAUCGUUCAGUCUUUGCCGCGCCAACAAUGCAGGAAGGCGGGGACGAUGUUUCACGUGGAUUCUUUUGGCUCAAACUGCAUUGCCCCUCUUUGGCCUGCUUGCCUGAAAUGGCAUUUUCCUCGCCGGAGACGCCUGCGAUUGCGGGGGCGGUCGCCGCGGCGCUGCACGAAACGGUGUAUGCAGGCGUGUACGCCGCGAAGGGGACGGAGCACUGCGUGGUUCGCGCCGCGCGAUCCCUCAUGAUGGCGGAGUGCGAGGUAAAUGAAAACGCGGAACCCAUUGCUGUUGUGGUGGCGGCCGUCAUCGCCCGACUGGAAAUCGUCUCCCCCCGCUGGCGCGAUGCGCUGCCAGCCCCUCACGGCGGCGGCGGCUGGGGCGCGUCUGACGCCGCCAGCGCCCACGCCGGCGGCAGCAGCAACGACGAAGGCCGUGGUCGCAACGAUUGGGACGACACCGACGACGACGACACCGACGCGGGGGGAGUCGCGCCAGAGGAAGAAGUCAGGGAAGCGGGCGGUCUUUUGGCGGCCCUUCUCGAGAGCCGCUUCGGCGCCGAUAAGGAGGGGUUUCUGCGCGCCGUUGGCCCCAGAGAACGACAGGCGGCGGCGCUCUUGUUGAACGAAGCCGGGGCCGGUUGCCACGGCAAGCUGUGA